AUGGUUGCUGCGGAGGAGGAGCCCGAGCGCCGGGCGGCGGCUGCAGAGGAUGCUGCAGACGAGGACGCGGACGCGGGUCCAGGAGCAUCCCUUCUCCCGGCUGGGAACCGCCUGAGCUUGGACCUGCACCCCGGGGGCUGCCGCCGGCUGCUGCGCCUGUGUGCCCGGCACGCCCCUCCGCUGCUGUGGGUGGAGUUCCUGCAGCUUAGUGGCCACGAGGACCCCCGGCUGCUGGGGGCCGCCCUGGCUCAGGUGCCGCGGAGCCUGCCGCAGCUCCGCUCCCUGGUCCUCAGAGGUGGGCAACACUGGGAUGCACUGGGCGCCUGCCGGCGGGGCUCUCUGACCACGCUGCCCGCCAGCCUGAGUGGCCUGACCCGCUUGGCCCACCUGGACCUGAGCUUUAACAGCCUGGAGACGCUGCCCGCCUGCAUCCCGCGCCUGGGCCGUCUGGCCGCCCUCCUGCUCUCCCACAACUGCCUCUCCGAGCUGCCCGAGGCCCUGGGGGCCCUCUCCGCCCUCACCUUCCUGUCCGUGACCCACAACUGCCUGCGGGCGCUGCCCGAGGCGCUGGGAGCCCUGUCUGUCCUGCAGCGCCUGGACCUUUCCGAGAACCGCCUGGACACUCUGCCCCCCGAGGUCGGAGGCCUGAGCAGCCUCCAGGAGCUCAAUCUGGCCUCCAACCGGCUGCGGAGCCUCCCGGCCUCCCUGGUGGGGCUGCGUUCCUUGCAGAUCCUCGUCCUGCACAGCAACCUCCUGGUCUCCGUGCCCGCUGGCCUGGCCCGCCUCCCGCUGCUCGCCCGGCUGGACCUGAGGGACAACCAGCUCCGGGAAGUGCCCCCCGAGCUGCUGGACGCCCCCUUUGUGCGCCUGCAGGGGAACCCCCUGGGCGAGGCCCUGCCAGCCCCCCCCAGCCCCCCAGGGUCUCCUGCCGCCCCGGGAAUGCCCCGGCUGCUCCUGACCUCAGAGCUGGACAGCUUCCUGGUGACCCCCCAAGGCUGCUCUGUGACCCUGGCCUGCGGGGUCCGCCUGCAGUUUCCCGCCGGGGCCACUGCCACCUCGGUCACCAUCCGCUACCGCCUGUGGCUGCCGGAGCCUCGCCUCGUGCCCCUGGGCCCCCAUGACUCGCUGCUCAGCGGCGUCCUGGAGCUGCAGCCCCAUGGGCUGGCCUUCCAGCAGGAGGUGGGCCUGUGGCUGCUCUUUGUGCCCCCACGGGCCCGGCGCUGCCGGGAGGUGGUGGUGCGGACCCUGAGCGGUGACAGCUGGAGGGACCUGGAGACCCGCCUGGAGGAGGAGGCAUCGAAGCGGCUCUGGGCUCACUGCCAGGUACCCCACUUCUCGUGGUUCCUUGUGGUUUCACGCCCCGUGUCCAACGCCUGCCUGGUGCCACCAGAGGGGGCCUUGCUGUGGUCCUCCGGGCACCCGGGGGUCAAGGUCACGUUCCCCCCUGGGGCCACGGAGGAGCCUCGUCAAGUCCGGAUGCAGGUGGUGCGCAUGGCGGGCAGAGAGCUGCAGGCGCUGCUGGGGGAGCCCCAGGCGGCCGUGAGCCCCCUGCUGUGCCUCUCCCAGAGCGGCCCCCCCGGCUUCCUGCGGCCCGUCACCGUGCAGCUGCCGCUGCCGCCCGGGGUCACAGGCCUGAGUGUGGACCGCGCCCGCCUGCACCUGCUGUACCGGGCGCCCCCGGCCACCACCUGGGACGACAUCACGGCGCAGGUGGCCCUGGAGCUCACCCACCUGUACGCGCGCUUCCAGGUCACACACUUCUCCUGGUACUGGCUCUGGUACACCACCAAGUCCUGCGUGGGCGGCCUGGCGCGGAAGGCCUGGGAGCGGCUGCGGCUGCACCGCGUCAACCUCAUCGCCCUGCAGCGGCGCCGGGACCCCGAGCAGGUCCUGCUGCAGUGCCUGCCCCGCAGCAAGGUGGACGCCGCGCUGCGGCGGCUGCUGGAGCGGUACCGCGGCCCGGAGCCCUCGGACACCGUGGAGAUGUUCGAAGGCGAGAAGUUCUUCGCCGCCUUUGAGAGAGGCAUCGACGUGGAUGCGGACCGCCCGGACUGCGUGCAGGGCCGCGUGUGCUUCGUGUUCUACUCGCACCUGAAGAACCUGAAGGAGGUGUAUGUGACCACCGCCCUGGACCGGCAGGCCCAGGCCGUGAAGGGCCAGGUGUCCUUCUACCGGGGAGCCGUGCCCGAGGACGUGCCCGCGGAGGCGGAGGCCGCCCGGCAGAGGAAGGCCCCGGACGCCCAGUGGAUGGCCACUCUGCCCAUCAAGCUGCCGAGGCUGCGGAGGUCCGAGGGCCCGGGCCCGGGGCCGGGAGCCAGCCUCUCCCUGGCACCUCUGAACCUGGGCGACGCUGAGACCGGCUUCCUGACUCAGAGCAACUUGCUGAGUCUGGCCGGGCGCCUGGGCCCCGACUGGCCGGCUGUGGCCCUGCACCUGGGCCUGUCCUACCGGGAGCUGCAGCGCAUCCGGCAUGAGUUCCGGGACGACCUGGACGCCCAGAUCCGUCACAUGCUGUUCUCGUGGGCGGAGCGCCGGGCGGGGCAGCCGGGGGCGGUGGGCAGCCUGGUGCAGGCGCUGGAGCGGAGUGAGCGGCGGGACGUGGCGGACGAGGUGCGGGCCAUCUUGGAGCUCGGCCGGCACAAGUACCAGGACGGCAUCCGCCGCACCGGCCUGGCCCCCAGGGACCUCGCCCCGCCGGGGCCUGCGGCCUCACCGUCCCCGGAGCCUGCCCAGGCCUAG